AUGUAUAUACUGCUACGGCGUGCAUGCACAGCAAAUCCAAAUAGUUUGGAAGAAUGUAGAUCAUGUUUACGUUAUGGUGAUAGCAGGCAUGGCGGGUAUCGACUUAUCUGGCAACUUUCUUUCACAAGAGAUCCCACAUGGGCUCACAACGCUUCUUGGAAUCAGGUACCUGAACUUAUCAGGAAAUCAUUUGUCAGGUCGUAUUCCCAAAGACAUUGGCAAUCUGGUACUGCUGGAAUCCUUGGACCUUUCUCGGAACCAACUAUCAGGGGAAAUUCCUCCAAGCUUUGCAGAUUUGAAGACCAUAAGCGUCCUGAACCUCUCGAGCAACAGUUUAUCAGGGAGGAUACCUACGGGCAAUCAGUUGCAGACACUCGUAGAUCCUUCAAUAUACAGCAAUAAUCCUGGGCUGUGCGGGUUUCCGUUGGAAGACUGUGUAAACUCGUCGACACCUACGCAAAUCGAAGAGAGGCAGGCUGAAGAUAGAGAGACAUUGUGGUUGUGUUGCUUUGUGGCUGCUGGGUUCAGCUUUGGGUUCUGGCUGUACUGGGGCAUGUUCAUGUUUCGCAGCGAGACAUGGAGAUUUGCGUUCUAUCAGUAUGUGGACAACAUGCAAGCCAUGGUAACCAAGAAGAUAUAUAGCUGCAUGUCGCACUUUCAGGUCAACGGCGCUGAAUGAUGAAGAGUGUCACGUGGUGUGCUGAAGUAAUGGUGUAUCGCGUCCUAUAUCGAGCAUGUCUGUAAUAUUUCCCUUCCUCUGUUAGUUGGACGGUUUGUUGUAAUUUGAUGUUAUUCGAGUUUUGUGGCGCUGAAACCUACUGGUUCCAGAUUCGAUUGUUUGGUACCUAAGGCUAUUUGGAGUGAAGUGAAUGAGUUCUUUGAAA